GAAAACAGCGCUAUUCCUCUGCGCAGGCGCACUCCACUCUCCACGUGCGGCGGUAUGCCGGGCCGGCAUGUGUCUCGCGUCCGGGCUUUGUAUCGGCGCAUCCUGCAGCUGCACCGCUUUCUGCCCCCGGACCUCAAAGCCCUCGGGGACCAGUAUGUGAAGGACGAGUUUAGGAGACAUAAGACCGUGGGUUCUGAUGAGACCCAGCGUUUCUUGCAGGAAUGGGAGAUGUAUGCAGCAGUGCUUUGGCAACAAGCUAAUGAAAAUACUGAAAAUUCAACUGGAAAAGCAUGUUUUGGAACCACCCUCCCAGAAGAAAAACUUAAUGACUUUCGUGAUGAACAAAUUGGACAAUUGCAGGAACUGAUGCAAGAAGCCACUAAGCCUAGUAGACAAUUUAGUAUUACAGAGCCUACAAAACCAAAAAUGUAGUGUAUGCUGUAUAUUUAUUUUUUAAAAAAGACAACAUUUAAGAAAUCUAUUUCUUCCAAGGUUUGAGACUACAUAGCAUUACUUAAAGAUGCUCUCUGCAGUAAUGUGGUUUUAGGAUUACUGUGAAAAAAGUAUUUGACUUUUGGACUGCAGGCCAUAGAAUCAAUGUACUUCUGGAAGUUUUUUAAUAUAUAAAUUUGUUUUUAACAUUAAUGUUUAAGUCUCUUGACUUUAAAUCUGUUAAUACUGACAUG